CGCCCCGCCGCCCGGCUGCCCCCUGAGGCGCUUGGCAGCGGGCAGCGAAACAGUCCGCCGGUCCCAGUCAGCCUGCCUGCCUCGCAGCGAAGCCCCUUUUCCGCGUCCCUCGUUCCCCAUUCAGCGGCUGGUGUUGGCGCUCGCCGGCUCGUCGUGCUUCUCUGUCCUCAGCCACCGAGCAACAUGGAAAGUGCGGCGGUGGGAGCCGAGUUCAACAUUCUCCUGGCGACCGACUCCUACAAGGUGACACAUUAUAAACAAUAUCCACCCAAUACAAGCAAAGUUUAUUCCUACUUCGAAUGUCGUGAAAAGAAGACGGAGAACUCUAAAUUCAGGAAGGUGAAAUAUGAGGAAACGGUUUUUUACGGGUUGCAAUACAUUCUUCAUAAAUACUUAAAAGGCAGAGUGGUAACCAAAGAGAAAAUCCAGGAAGCCAAAGAGGUAUACAAGGAACACUUUCAGGAUGAUGUCUUCAACGAACCUGGGUGGAACUACAUCCUUGAGAAGUACGAAGGUUGUCUUCCCAUAGAAGUAAAGGCUGUUCCUGAGGGCAGUGUCGUUCCCAGGGGGAAUGUGCUCUUCACUGUUGAAAACACCGAUCCAGACUGUUACUGGCUCACAAACUGGAUUGAGACUAUUCUUGUUCAGUCAUGGUAUCCCAUCACAGUGGCCACAAACUCAAGAGAACAAAAGAAAAUCUUAGCAAAAUAUCUGCUAGAAACCUCAGGCAGUUUAGAAGGUCUGGAGUACAAACUACAUGAUUUCGGUUACAGAGGAGUCUCUUCGCAAGAGACUGCAGGAAUAGGAGCCUCUGCACAUUUAGUGAACUUUAAAGGAACUGACACAGUAGCAGGAAUUGGUUUAAUUAAGAAGUACUAUGGAACGAAAGACCCUGUGCCAGGCUAUUCAAUACCAGCUGCAGAACACAGUACUAUAACAGCUUGGGGGAAAGACCACGAAAAAGAUGCUUUUGAACACAUUGUGACACAAUUUUCUUCAGUGCCUGUAUCUGUGGUCAGUGACAGUUACGACAUUUACAAUGCUUGCGAAAAGAUAUGGGGUGAAGAUUUAAGACAUUUAAUUGAAUCAAGAAGUGCAGAAGCACCACUGAUUAUCAGGCCAGAUUCAGGAAAUCCUCUUGACACUGUGCUAAAGGUUUUGGAAAUUCUAGAAAGGAAGUUCCCUAUUACAGAAAAUGAAAAAGGCUAUAAAGUGUUGCCCCCUUACUUAAGAAUUAUUCAAGGAGAUGGUGUAGAUAUCAACACAUUACAAGAGAUGGUGGAAGGAAUGAAACAAAAUAAAUGGAGCAUUGAAAAUAUUUCAUUUGGGUCUGGUGGAGCUUUACUGCAGAAAAUAACUAGGGAUCUCUUGAAUUGUUCCUUCAAAUGCAGUUAUGUGGUGACCAACGGCCUUGGGGUAAACGUGUUUAAAGAUCCUGUAGCUGAUCCCAACAAAAGGUCAAAGAAAGGCAGGUUGUCUUUACACAGGACUCCCGAUGGAGACUUUGUAACACUAGAAGAAGGCAAGGGAGACCUUGAAGAAUAUGGGCAGGAUCUCCUUCAUACAGUGUUUAGGAAUGGAAUAGUAACGAAGUCCUACUCGUUCGAUGACGUAAGAAAAAACGCCCAGCUGGAGAUUAGUGAACUGACAGUGGCAUCUCACUAAAGUUUCAUUCCAUGUUUGUAUCCGUGUAACAAAAUUGUGUACUGCAUAGCUAAUGAUUUCUUGUACAGAUCUGUGUAUUUCUGUUUGCCACAUUAUAGCCAAAUUAUUUGUUGGUUUAUGGACAUCACUGCCCUCUCUCUUCUUUUCCUUUAAAAAAAAAUGGAAUUGGGGAAACACUUGCAGUGUAAAAUAUGUGCUUCUAGGGGUCCUUUGGUAUUCAAUCUGGAAUUGAGCUCCUCACUAAUGAGACACAACUGAGACUUUUUAUACAUAUAAAUAUAUAUAUAUAUAUAUAGUAACCUACCACAAAACAGAUCUGCAUAAAAGUAUCAUUGCUUUAUGUUUAUAUUUAACUUGUAUUUUUGUACAAACAAGAUUGUGUAAAAUAUAUUUAAAAGUUACAAUUAUUAUGUCUUUCCAACUUUUCAUGAUUUUUAUGAGCACAGAAUUUCAAGGAAAUAUUUUGGGGUGGGGGAAUUCAUUGCCUUUUUGUCCAUUGAUCAGCAAAUAAAACAUGGCCUUAAGUUUUGUUGUGACAACUGUACUAUUUGGAAGUUUUAAUCAGGAUAGCUUCCUCAAAACCCACAGAGAAAGGGACUUUGCUGUUCAUUGUAGCUACCAGUCAAUUGACAGCAAAACCUCCUGUUCUUGCUGAGGUGCUGAGAGAAUAUAUAAACACAUAAACACUUGCUAGACAGUAGGAGAUAUAACUGGAAUGCCAAAUAAGGAAGGACUUCUUACUGCAACAAAGAUUGCCACGUUCACCUCAAUAUUCCAAAAAUAUUGGAAUCUGAAAUCAGUGCAACUCAUUUCCAAGUAAGCAUGAAUGAGAUCUGGCAGCAGAAUUUCUAAGGGAUUUCCUUCCCCUACGGAACAUAUAUUUAUAUCUAAAAUAUUGACAGGUAUGGAAGUGAUGUCUUAAAGUAACUACACUUCGGGGUUUAUUUUUACAUACUGGUAUAUUGUGACAAACUUCAAAGCAGAAUACUGGUGUUAGUUGUGCACUUUUUUACUUUUUGUAUUUUGGCCUUUGAUUUUGCCUUUUUGUCAGACUGGAUGUUGACUUGUAUAGACGUCUUAACUAUUUUUUUGUUGAACAACUUUAAUAAAACAUACUAGCAAACUCCUUUUACAUUGGUAACCUCCCCUAUAGGGGACACUAUGCAGAGGUUAACUAUUUUAAAUACUAAAGGUGAUGAAAGGUACUCUUUUCAUGACUGCACUUGAUUCACUUUCUACACAUGCUUUGAAUUUCUUACUAAAGAACAAGUCUGAUGGUGAAUGACUUGGCAUGCUGUAUCAAGUUCUCAGGUGUACAGCCAUACUUCAGGCUGGUAGAAGACAUGGAUUUGUCAGCCUUUCUAGAGGAAGCAAUAUAAUUUUGGUUUGUUAGCUCUGGUGAGGGAUAAAAUCUCGGAUCGCUGUAUAGGUGACACAUAAGUGGGUUUAAACAAUUAUCUGGGAAACGGUUCAGAAGAGCUCUAACAUAAUGGAGAAAACAAAGAUAAUAUACUUUUUAAAAUGCUUGAAAAGCCAUAUUUUAAUAUUCCUGCUAUGGAACAUAUUUAAUUCCACAGUCUCGAUCUAUUUUGUGUUAGAAGGUUUUCUACGUUAUUGCUAUCAGAAAUAGUGGUUUGGUUAGCACUCUGAACAGUGAGUUUCACUCC